GAGUUUUCAACCGAUUUCUUCUCUGUUGGAAGUCAGAUAGUUCAGGCUACCAUGGAGAUGUAUAAAAUGGCAAUGGUGAAUCUCCUUCCAACUCCUGCUAAAUCUCACUACGUGUUUAAUCUACGAGAUUUCUCUCGUAUUAUUCUCGGUGUCUGUCUCAUUAAAAAAGAACAAGUGGAAAGUAAAAAAGUCAUGGUCAGAUUAUGGGUACAUGAAGUAAUGAGAGUAUUCUAUGAUCGUUUAAUUGAUGACUCAGACAGACUAUGGAUUUUUAAAGCUGUUCAAGGCCUGGUCAAGGAACAUUUCAAAGAAAGUUUUGAAGGAGUGUUCGAACAUCUAGCUGAUGAAGGUAAAGUGAAAGAGGAGAACUUGAGAAGUUUGAUGUUUGGAGACUAUAUGAACCCUGAAGCAGAGCCUGAUGAACGAGUUUAUGAGGAAGUUAAAUCAUUAGAUGAUUUCUAUGUGGUCGUAGAACAAUGUCUAGAGGAAUAUAACAAUACACAUAAAACUAGAAUGAAUCUGGUUAUAUUUAGAUAUGUAUUGGAACAUCUAUCUCGAAUCUGUCGUAUUUUGAGACAACCUGGUGGUAAUGCCCUUUUGGUUGGAGUGGGUGGUAGUGGUCGUCAGUCGCUGACCCGUUUAGCAACAGCUAUGGCUGGCUAUAACCUCUUCCAACCAGAAAUCUCCAAAAAUUAUGGUAAAAAUGAAUGGAGAGAAGAUAUUAAGAAUCUUCUGAAGACCGUAGGAGGUGUUGGUAAAGCCACGGUGUUCCUCAUCACAGAUACACAGAUUAAAGAAGAAUCAUUCCUUGAAGAUAUUGACAGUUUACUGAACACAGGCGAAGUCCCCAAUUUAUUUGCUACAGACGAAAAGGCGGAAAUUAUGGAGGCUGUUAGACCAGUUGCUCAAGCUGGUGAUAAGAAUGCAGAUUUCAGUCCUCUUGCCUUGUUUUCCUUCUUCGUCAACCGAUGUAGAGAGAAUCUACAUAUUAUGAUAGCCUUCAGUCCUAUUGGUGACGCUUUCCGUAACCGGUUACGUCAGUUCCCUUCACUGAUUAACUGCUGUACCAUAGAUUGGUUCCAGCCAUGGCCAGAAGAUGCAUUAGAACGUGUUGCUAACAAGUUUUUAGAAGAUGCUGAUAUUGAAGAUCAAGAAAAGGUAGAAUCAGUUCAUAUGUGUAAAUAUUUCCAUCAAAGUACCAGAAUCCUUUCUGAGAGGUUUUUGGAAGAGUUGGGUCGACAUAACUAUGUUACACCUACCUCGUAUUUAGAGCUGAUUUAUGCCUUUAAAAAUCUGCUACAGAAGAAACAAGAUGAAAUCAUGAAGGCAAAGAGACGAUAUAUUGUUGGUCUGGAAAAACUUGCCUUUGCUUCUUCUCAGGUAGCAGACAUGCAGAAAGAGUUGGAAGAACUACAACCACAGCUUGUUGUAUCAGCAGCAGAGAAUUCUAAAAUGAUGGUCAUUAUCGAGAAGGAAUCUGGAGAAGUGGAAGAAACUAGUAAAAAGGUCAAGGCUGAUGAAGCAGUAGCCAAUGAACAAGCAGCCGAAGCUCAAGCUCUAAAAGAUGAAUGUGAGAAUGAGUUAGCUGAAGCUCUACCUGCUUUAGAAGCUGCCUUGUCUGCCCUUAACACGCUAAAGACAGCAGAUAUUGUUAUUGUGAAAUCCAUGAAGAAUCCACCAUCUGGUGUAAAAGUUGUAAUGGCUGCUGUCUGUAUUAUGAAGGAUAUCAAACCAGAUAAAAUAAACGAUCCUGAUAAACCUGGAUCAAAGAUUAUAGAUUAUUGGGGACCUCUUUGA